UCAAAUUUCGACAUAAAAGGCAAAAUGAUCAAGUCAAGCGAAAGUAGGUUCCAUCAGAGAUCUGUGGUCUCCUCUUUCAUUUUCUCAGAUGGAGACGAGCCUAAAGUUGCCCUCUUCCGGCGCAGUGCCAAAGUCAAGACAUAUCAGCACCAACUUGCUCCUAUCUCGGGGAGUAUAGAACACCAUGAAACACCAGAAGAAGCGGCAUGGCGAGAGCUCAAAGAGGAAACCACCCUUACUCCGCGAGACGUAGCUCUAUGGCGACAAGGGAAACCAUACUCCUUCAGUGACCCUUCAAUUCAUCGGAUAUGGAACAUUUUCCCAUUCUUGUUCCGACUGAAGCCUUGCCACGAAGGCGGUCGCGGAGAAGAGGGAGUUCGAAUUGAUUGGGAACACGAUAGCUGGCAAUGGUACAACCCUGAGUUACUCAACGAUAACGAACUAUUUGGUGGCGUGCCACGUCUGAAAGAAAGUCUGCAAAGAGUCUGGUUUGAAAUGCACUUGAGCUAUGGUGCCAGCAAGGUACUGAGGGCAGGUCUAGAGCAACUAAAAGCGGAUCACCAAAGUGGAUCACACGAGUUAACAUCGAUUGCUUUGAAGGUCUUCCAGGAUGUAAUUUCGCAGAUACAGGGGCCUAUUGGUACCGACUGGUGGGAGAGUGCUCGCAUGGUUGCAUGGCAUCUAUGGAAAAAUGGUCGAGAAAGCAUGGGAGCAGCUACAUUGAACGCACUUCUGGGAUUGCUGGCCAAGAUGGAGGAUACUGUGCAUCAAGAUCUCAGCCGAGAAAUCAAAUGGAAGUACUUGUUGGGAGUACUGGGAGACCAUAUGAACAAACGCAAGCAGAUGCCCACACGCAUCGAACAAUCAUUUGGGGCCUAUCUUCAGUCCAAUUUUAUGUCUACCAUGAAAUCGAACUCCACUCGCCCGCUCACCAUCCUCACGCUUUCAGGUAGCUCAACUAUCAGGGAUAGUAUCAUUGGCGCUUUCGCGUCGCUGCCCAUUCCCCAGCUUGAUCUCCGGGUUCUGGAGUCACGGCCGCUUUGCGAAGGGGUGAAGAUGGCAUCUUCUAUGCUGUCCACUUUCAAGGCCAGGUUUCCUUCGUCUUCCGGUCGAAAUGUGAAUUUAAAGAUUUAUACUGACGCAUCUGCUGCUCUGGCCAGCAAGGGAGUGGAUUUCGUCCUACUUGGAGCGGAUCAGAUCUCAGAUUCAGGGUCGAUCAGCAACAAAAUUGGCUCUUUGCCAGCUGUUCUCAGUGCCAAGCACGUCUGCUCGGGUGUCAAGGUGCUGAUUCUCAGUGAGCUCGAGAAAGUAGCUGAGCUUGGAGUUGAAAAUGGUCAUGUACACGAAGAAAACAAUCCCAGCGAGCUCAUCGGCUGCUGGAUGGAUUGUGGCAUUGAAGGAAUUGGUGCGCUUGUUGAAGACAUUGGAGCCACUGAUCAAGGCACAGCUACCUACGCAGUCAAGGUGAAAAAUGUUUACUUCGAAUGGGUUCCGCCCGAACUCAUAGAUGCAUAUAUCUGUGAGGAGGGGACGUUGGAUGUUGCCGCGAUCCAGAACAAGGCCCAGCAAGUGAAGCAAAACUCUGAAAAGUAUUUUGGUGAGCUCUAA